AUGGCGCCUACCGCGAUUGAAGCAGAAGUUCCCAUCCACACGAUUACCAAGGGUGUGUCGUACCCUGAACCGUUAAAGACAACCUCAGCAUUGGACAACUAUGAGUCGUUCGACGUCACGCCCAUAAUUGGCCGCGAGUUUCCCAAGGCAAAUUUGGUAGAGUGGCUCAACGCUCCUAACUCUGAUGAGCUAAUCCGUGACCUCGCCAUAACAAUUUCUCAGCGUGGCGUCGUGUUCUUCCGGGCUCAAGACGACCUGACCAAUGAAUUGCAAAAGCAACUCAUCCUCCGGCUCGGAGAACUGACGGGCCGGCCCAAGGAAUCCGGGCUCCAUAUCCACCCAGUUCUUAACUCUGAACGAGAACUGGGUGGGUCCGAUCCCGAGAUCAGCACUAUCAGCUCCGUGCAGCAUAAGAAGUACUACCGCAAGCCUUUGGAGGGCGAGGAGCUCAGUCCCAAGAAGCAAAGCACUGCUCAGUGGCACAGCGAUAUUGCUUUCGAGCCUGUCCCAGCCGAUUACUCAUCUCUGCGCCUUGUUCAGCUGCCAAAGACUGGCGGAGACACGUUGUGGGCAUCUGGUUACGAGAUUUACGACCGCCUCAGUGCCCCCUAUCAAAAGUUCCUCGAAAGCCUCACUGUGACCUUCGAGCAACCUGGCUUCGCUCAAGCCGCUGAGCGCGGUGGCUUCACUUUAUAUGACAAGCCACGCGGAAACCCAAAGAACAUCGGCAGCGUACUCAAAGCCAUUCACCCUGUUGUCAGAACCAACCCUGUUUCCGGGUGGAAGAGUGUCUUCCCUGUCGGCGGCCACGUUAAACACAUCAACGGCGUCACCUCGGAGGAGAGCAAGCACCUUCUUGACUGGUUCCUGGACCUGCUGCAGAAGAACCAUGACCUUCAAGUCCGCUUCAAGUGGCAGAACAGCAAUGAUAUCGCCAUUUGGGACAACCGUAGCACCUUCCACACCGCAACUUUUGACUAUGAUGAGCAGGGAGACAGAUUUGGAAACAGAGCAGUCGGAAUCGGCGAGGCACCUUAUCUUGACCCUAACAGCACAGGGCGACGAGAUGCUCUGGGACUUUCAUACAUUACUGGUCCCUAA